AUGAAGCGUUUUCUUAUUUUUUCAACUUUAUUCUCUUUGAUUUUGUCCAGUGAAUUGGAUUGUCCCGUGAAUUGGUUGCCCGUUGAUUCGCACGAGCUUUGUCUUUACAUUGGAAAAGAUGUCGGUGACUGGGAUCACGUGGUUGAGAGGUGUGUCUCAAUGGGUGGAUAUCCGGCGAUAAUCACCGACGCUUUCAUCAACUCAAUGAUUCGCGAUGAGCUCACCAAAGCCGGAAUCUCGGAAGCUUAUAUCGGUGUGACGAGAUACGAUGACGAUUGGCGGUACGCUAAUGGGAAAAAUCUCACGUACAAGCGAUGGAAUAAUGGAGAACCAAGAAAAGAUGAGUACAAGGGAUUGUUUGAUGUUUCGUUUGGUGGUUGGAAAACGACUGACGAUUUCCAGAAUUACUCCUACGUUUGCACGCAAAACCCGAACAAAGUGAAAUGUGACCCGGGAUGGACACCGUUUGGCGAUUUUUGCUACUGGAGCUCGGGUUUCACGUUUUCCGAUGGAAAACACUGGAAUCUCUUCAAUUUCACGCAAGCCGAGCAAAAGUGCCGAGAAUUGGAUGUGCAUUUGGCGUCCAUUCACAGCCAGGCCGAGCUUGAGUUUAUCUAUGAUUUAAUCGCCACAAAUCUAACCGAAGCUCAAGCCGACGCGGCAGUCACCGACGAGAAUGGAUGCACGCAUAUGUGGGCUUGGUCAGGUCUCUAUCAUAAUGGGGUAAAGAAUUACACGACAUGGACAGACGGGACACCCUUGGAUUUCGUAGGGAAAUCGGCUGCCGUCUGCUAUCAAACAGCUGGAAUGGUGAUGCUAAACGAUUUCGGUGAUUGCUACGAUUUGACGGGACCGAGUGGACACGAAUAUUGGGAAGCCGCACUUCCACUAGCGCGUUAUGUUUGUAAAAAAGAACCGAAUCAA